AGAGAGAGAGAUGAUGAGAGAGAAAGAGAUGAGAGACCACGAGGGAGUGUGAUGAUAGAGUGAGAGAUGGGACCAUGGGAGGUGAGUGAGGUAAGAGAGAACAAAGGCGAAGAGGGGAGAGAGCAAAGCAGAAGAGGAGAGAGACUGAAGUUAAAAAGCGAAAACCAGUGGAGCAUGGAGCUUAAAGGGCCACUGAGGCAAGAUCAUCGACUCUCUUAAAGGCUCCUUUGUCCUGCAUUCUCUCUCUCUACUGAGAAAAUGCCCAAAUUUGACGCCAUUUCCAUGUGAAAAUAUGUGCAGGCUCUGAAGAUCGUUGAGCGCCAUUCCUUCUUCUAGGUUUUUCACUCGGAUCCUAGCUUUUUCAUCCAUUCAGUGCAAAAACUGAAGACAAUCACGAGAAAUCUCUGGUUCUUCACAUAAAAAGAAUCUUCACAUCGGUAACUGUAGAAGUGAAUAAAGAACGCAGUGAUUUAGAUGAGGAGGGAAUCUAUUUAAAAAGAUAAUAGGAGCAUUUGACUGCAAUAGCAUCUGACAGUGUUGUGCAAAAAAUGAGGCAAGGAUUGGUAUCAAAUGUAAGGCGUAUCAAAAGUGGACUUCAACAGAGUAAUUUUUAACAGUGGUGCUUCAUAGUACUUACUUUCAUAUGGCGUCUGCAAGUUUGGGUGGGGUGGGAAGCUCUCGAUCAAUCAACAGUUUCAAGGGCACUUCUAGUACGGUUGACUGGCUUGGGAGAGAGAUGCUUGAGAUGAGAAUUAGAGACAAUAAGCCGGACCAGGAUGAAGAUAAGGAUGUUGAACCAGAUAUUAUUGAUGGCAUGGGUGCGGAAGCAGGGCAUGUUAUAGCUACUACUGUUGGGGGUAGAAAUGGCCAACCUAAGCAGACUAUCAGCUACAUAGCAGAGCAUGUGGUUGGAACAGGUUCUUUUGGUGUUGUUUUUCAGGCCAAAUGUAGGGAAACUGGAGAAAUCGUUGCAAUCAAGAAGGUUCUCCAAGAUAAGCGAUACAAGAACAGGGAGUUACAGAUCAUGCAUAUGUUGGAUCAUCCCAAUAUUGUGGCACUUAAGCAUUGCUUUUUCUCAACAACUGAUAAAGAAGAGCUCUACCUAAAUCUUGUCCUUGAGUUUGUCCCAGAGACUGUCAAUAGGAUUGCAAGGCACUACAAUCGAAUGAACCAGAGGAUUCCCCUCAUUUAUGUGAAGCUUUACACAUAUCAGAUUUGCAGAGCCUUGGCUUACAUACACAAUUGUGUUGGUAUAUGCCAUCGAGAUAUCAAACCCCAGAACUUGCUGGUGAACCCUCAUACACAUCAAUUAAAAUUAUGUGAUUUUGGCAGUGCAAAAGUUCUGGUAAAAGGAGAACCAAAUAUAUCUUAUAUUUGUUCAAGAUAUUACCGUGCUCCUGAGCUCAUCUUUGGAGCAACAGAAUACACAACAGCAAUUGACAUGUGGUCUACAGGCUGUGUGAUGGCUGAGUUACUUCUUGGACAGCCUCUUUUCCCUGGAGAAAGUGGAGUUGAUCAACUAGUUGAAAUCAUCAAGGUUCUGGGAACCCCAACUAGGGAGGAAAUCAAGUGCAUGAACCCAAACUAUACUGAAUUCAAGUUCCCACAAAUAAAGGCUCAUCCGUGGCACAAGGUGUUCCAAAAACGUUUGCCCCCUGAAGCAGUUGAUCUAGUUUGCAGAUUUCUUCAGUACUCCCCUAAUCUCCGUUGCACAGCGUUGGAGGCUUGCAUACACCCUUUCUUUGAUGAAUUGCGAGACCCCAAUACUCGGCUUCCAAAUGGUCGUCCUCUCCCACCCCUAUUCAAUUUCAAACCCCAAGAGCUAUCUGGCAUCCCUCCUGACAAUCUUGAGCGACUCAUUCCCGAGCACGCGAGAAAGCAGAACCUGUUCAUGGCCCUACACACCUAGCAACAAGUUCACGUUAGAACACCAUUAUGUGGUAUGAGAGAUAUGUAAAUUUACUCUUUCUCUCUCUUCCCCUUUUAGAAAGUAUUUUCUCUUUUUGGCCUUUUGUAUUCCCCGCGGUUUCCUUUGUUGAGGACAGGCAAAUACUAUAAUGGACAUUGAGCUCCAGGUAAGAAUUUACAGUCAUCCUUGAAGCUUGAAUCUUCUUCAAUACCUGAAUCUUCUCAAUACCCUAGUGUCAGCGUUUCAAGAAAUGGAGAGUUUCACUACUGAUGAAUGGUGGUUUUGAGUUCAAACUUAGUGGAGCUCUUCUUUAGACAUUUUCUUGUGUUAUGUAAUGAGUUGUUUUCUAGUGAUAUCUCAUUUCCAUCCAUCUCUUGGCAAAGAA